UGGCAAACACUGUUCUUUCUCCACAGGCUUUGGACACUGAACCCGUCCUGCCUAAAGGAUGCUGAAGUGCAAGCAGGACUGCAGCUAACACCUACUGGGCAGUGGAGAGAGAGCUACAACCUCUGUGAGCUCGUGCACUCCAACAGCCAAAACUGCCCUGAGCCACUUCAUUCUCCAGUGGAGCUUUUGCUUUUCAUCCAGAGACUUUGGCUUGCCUGUUUCACUCCAUCAGGGAAGGAAUAAACUCUCCAACAUGGUAAAGAAAAAGUCUGAUAUUUACUCGGUUGAGAUCUAUGGAACAAGAGAUGUAGAAAAAACAGAGUUUGGGGAAGAGGCAAAGUACAAGGACUUAAAAGGCAACAAGAAACAAAAGAAGACAGAAGACCUUAAGAAAGAACUGGAACUGGAUGACCACAGGCUCAGCACUUCAGAACUGGAGAAGAAGUAUGGUACCAGCAUCAGUGAAGGUCUCUCCAGUGCAAAAGCAGCACAGGUUUUGGCGCGGGAUGGUCCCAAUGCACUCACUCCUCCCAAAGCCACCCCUGAAAUCGUGAAGUUCCUCAAGCAGAUGAUAGGAGGGUUUUCCAUUCUCUUAUGGAUAGGAGCUGUCUUCUCCUGGAUUUCAUUUGGCAUUCAGCUUGCCCAGGGAGCUGAGUCACCCUUUGACAAUCUCUACCUUGGAGUAGUCCUGGCACUGGUUGUCAUCCUCACUGGCAUCUUUGCUUACUAUCAAGAAGCUAAAAGCACAAACAUCAUGGCCAGCUUCAGUAAAAUGAUUCCACAGCAAGCUCUGGUCAUCAGAGAUGGAGAAAAGAAGGAACUGCCAGCAGACCAGCUGGUGGUUGGAGAUGUCGUGGAAAUCAAGGGUGGAGAUAGGAUCCCGGCGGACAUUCGUCUGAUCUUUGCUCAGGGUUGUAAGGUGGACAAUUCUUCACUCACAGGGGAAUCAGAACCACAGUCUCGCUCCUGUGACUUCACCCACGAGAACCCCCUGGAGACCAAGAACAUUGCCUUCUACUCCACCACCUGUGUGGAAGGCACUGCUACUGGCAUUGUAAUCAACACAGGGGAUCGCACUAUCAUCGGGAGGAUUGCCUCCCUUACCUCAGGAGUAGGAAAUGAGAAAACACCCAUUGCUAUUGAGAUAGAACAUUUCGUCUACCUGGUGGCAGGAGUAGCCAUUUCCAUCGGUGUUCUCUUCUUCAUUAUAUCUGUCUCUAUGCGAUAUAAGAUUCUGGACUCCAUCAUCUUUCUAAUUGGCAUCAUUGUGGCAAAUGUGCCCGAGGGACUGCUAGCUACAGUAACGGUGAGUCUGUCUCUGACAGCCAAACGGAUGGCUAAGAAGAACUGCUUGGUGAAGAACCUGGAAGCUGUGGAAACGCUUGGCUCUACCUCCGUCAUCUGUUCUGAUAAGACAGGGACCCUCACACAAAACAGGAUGACGGUUGCUCACCUUUGGUUUGACAAUCAGAUCUACUCAGCUGACACCAGUGAAGAUCAAACAACCCAGCCUUUUGAUCAGAGUUCUCCAUCAUGGACAGCAUUAUCAAAGAUUGUAACGCUCUGCAACCGGGCAGAAUUCAGACCAGGACAGGAGAAUCUCCCCAUAAUGAAGAGAGUUGUGGUAGGUGAUGCCUCUGAAACAGCUCUGCUGAAAUUUGCUGAAGUCAUUUUGGGUGAUGUUAUGAAUAUUAGAGCACAGAACAAGAAAGUGGCUGAAAUUCCUUUCAACUCCACCAACAAAUUCCAGCUUUCCAUUCACAAGACCGAUGAUCCCAAUGACAAACGCUUCCUGCUGGUGAUGAAAGGCGCCCCCGAGAGGAUUUUGGAGAGAUGCAGCACCAUCAUGAUCAACGGCAAAGAAGAACCACUGGACAGUGAAAAGGCAGAAGCUUUCCAAACAGCAUACAUGGAGCUGGGAGGCAUGGGAGAGAGAGUGCUGGGUUUCUGCCAUUUGUACCUGCCUGAAAACGAGUUCCCAGACACCUACUCAUUCGACACAGAUUCCAUGAACUUCCCAACCUCCAACCUGUGCUUCGUUGGGCUCUUAUCUAUGAUUGACCCACCUCGCUCCACGGUGCCAGAUGCUGUCUCAAAAUGCCGCAGUGCUGGGAUCAAGGUUAUCAUGGUUACUGGUGACCACCCCAUCACAGCCAAAGCCAUUGCCAAGAGUGUGGGCAUCAUCUCAGCCACCAGUGAGACAGUGGAAGAUAUUGCCAAGCGCCUCAACAUCCCUGUUGAGCAAGUCAACUGGCGAGAAGCUACAGCAGCAGUAGUUAAUGGGAUGGAGCUGAAGGACAUGAGCUCGCAGCAGCUGGAUGAAAUCCUGUGUAACCACUCAGAGAUAGUCUUUGCUCGGACAUCACCCCAACAGAAACUGAUUAUAGUUGAAGGCUGCCAAAGGCAGGGAGCAGUCGUUGCUGUGACUGGAGAUGGAGUCAAUGACUCCCCAGCUCUUAAAAAGGCAGAUAUUGGAAUUGCUAUGGGCAUUGCUGGGUCUGACGCAGCUAAAAAUGCAGCUGAUAUGGUCCUGCUGGAUGAUAACUUUGCUUCUAUUGUCACGGGAGUGGAGGAAGGCCGCCUCAUCUUUGACAACCUAAAGAAAACAAUUGCCUACACCCUGACUAAGAAUAUUGCUGAGCUCUGUCCCUUUCUCAUCUAUAUUAUUGCCAGCAUCCCACUGCCCAUUGGCACUAUCACCAUCCUAUUCAUUGACCUGGGCACGGACAUUAUCCCCUCUGUUGCAUUAGCCUACGAAAAAGCUGAGAGCGACAUCAUGAACAGGAGACCUCGUAACAAAAGGAAAGACAGGCUGGUGAAUGAGCAGCUCGCUAUAUACUCCUAUCUGCAGAUUGGUAUCAUGCAGUCAGUGGGAGCCUUUGUAACCUAUUUUACCGUGUAUGCUGAACAAGGCUUCCUCCCUUCCACGCUGCUCGGAGUGCGAGUCAACUGGGAGAACAAUGCCAUCAAUGACUUUGAGGAUUCAUAUGGACAGGAAUGGACUAAAUACCAGAGGACAUACCUGCAGUGGACUGGCUACACUGCCUUUUUUGUCAGCAUCACCAUUCAGCAAGUUGCUGACUUGAUCAUCAGGAAAACACGAAGAAAUUCCAUUUUCCAGCAGGGUCUUUUCAGGAACAAAGUCAUCUGGGUGGGUAUAUUUUCCCAGAUAGGAAUUGCUCUGAUUCUUACCUAUGGUCUGGGACACGUUACAGCCCUGAACUUCACACCACUGAGGUUUCAGUACUGGUUUGUGGCUGUACCAUUUGCCAUCUUGAUAUGGGUCUAUGAUGAAGUCCGCAAGCUCUUCAUCAGAAGAUACCCAGGCAGCUGGUGGGACAAGAACAUGUAUUAUUAAGACACGUCCUCAUCACUGGUCUUCUUCCUCCUUAUGGAGAGCUUCUUCUCCCCCUCCUGACAAAGCCUCUGCUGCUUGAAUGUCCUGUCUGUGCAAUAUCAAGCAUGGGUUUGCCCCAUGAUGGGGUGAAGGAAUUUCAUGAAUAUAAGAAGAAAUAAGGACUUCAGAGGUUGAUGGAUUACCUCCCACUGUACUGUAAAGCUGACUCUUGUCUCGAAAUUGGAAAGCUACCUAUUUAUGUGACAAGCACAAUUUUCCCUCAUUCAAACUUGGAGAAAACCGAGAGGAAAACAAGUGUAAAGGGAAAAAGAGGACAGAAAAGCCAUAUAAUCCAAGGCAUUAAUUUGCACUAAAGGUGGUGUUUGAUGAUUUUCUUGUUUUGGUGGAACCAAAUUCCAAGCAAGUGCAUACAUAAACCUGUAUUCCCUUAGCAAGGGUAAACAUGCUGUAUAGGAGUAAUUUGAUAAUAAAACUUUUUCCAGAAAACAA